GAUAACCAGAAGCUUAACAAUGUACACUGGUAAGAGAAGAUCUCUGAAAUGGAGAUGGAGAAGAAGGAAGAAGAAGAAGAGAGAGAAUGGACUCUAGUCCAGAGACCAUUAGAUAAGGAUUUAUGGAAACCAACCUUCAUUGAAGAAGUAGAAUUUCCACCUCCGCAGCCUCUCAAAAUCAACUUCAACAAUCCAGCCAGCCAUUGGACCGAUGCAAUCCCUAUCGGCAAUGGCCGUCUCGGAGCCAUGGUUUGGGGCGGCGUCAUUUCCGAUUCUCUCAAUCUCAACGAGGACACUCUUUGGACUGGAAAUCCUCAUGAUUACACUAACCCUAAUGCUCCAGCAGCAUUAUCUGAAGUUAGAAAACUCGUUGAUGACGGAAAAUACGCUGAAGCUACUGAUUCAGCUGUUAAAUUGUCAGAUAGUCCAUCAGAAGUUUACCAGUUUCUGGGAGAUAUGAAGCUGGAAUUUGAUGAAUCUCAUGGUGAAUAUCGUAAAGAGACUUAUAAAAGAGAACUCGACUUAGACAAUUCGUUAGCGAGAGUGACUUACUCAGUUGGAGAAGUUGUAUUCACAAGAGAGCAUUUCGUUUCAUUUCCUGAUCAAGUAAUUGUCGUAAAGAUUUCCUCUAGCAAGUCAAAUUCUCUGUCGUUUACUGUCUGUUUCGAUAGCAAGAUGCAUCAUCAAUCGUAUUCGAAAGGAAAUAACAGGAUAGUCAUGGAAGGAAGUUGCCCCGGGAAGAGAAUACCACCGAGAUUGAAUUUUGAAACCGAUAAUCCAAAGGGAAUUCAGUUUACAGCGAUUCUUGAUAUUCAGACUAGUGAUGGUGAUGGUUCUGUACAUGUUUUGGAUGACCGGAAGCUGCAAGUUAAGGACUGUGAUUGGGCUGUUAUGCGGUUGGUUGCAUCCUCUUCCUUUGAAGGACCAUUUGUAAAGCCUUCAGAAUCGAAAAAGGAUCCUACUUCAGAGUGUCUAAGAGUAUUGGAUUCGAUAAAAAGCUUGUCGUAUAGCGAGCUUUACGCCAGACACUUGGAUGACUACCAAAGCCUCUUUCAUCGUGUCUCGUUUCAGCUCUCAAAGGACUCCAAAAGUGUUGGAGAAGAAAAGAUCACAGCUGAUAGAGUGAAAUCUUUUGGAGAUGAUGAAGAUCCUUCUUUAGUUGAACUUUUGUUUCAAUAUGGUCGAUACUUGCUUAUUUCUUGCUCGAGACCUGGAACCCAAGUGGCCAAUCUUCAAGGAAUAUGGAACAAGGACAUCGAGCCACCAUGGGACGGAGCACAACACCUGAAUGUCAAUCUUCAGAUGAACUACUGGCCGUCACUCCUCUGCAACCUUCACGAGUGCCAGGAGCCGUUAUUUGAUUACAUCUCCAAUUUAUCAGUCAAUGGGAGUAAAACAGCCAAAGUAAAUUAUGAGGCGAGAGGUUGGGUGACACAUCAAGUGUCGGAUAUAUGGGCUAAAACCAGCCCAGAUCGAGGUCAAGCCUUAUGGGCUUUGUGGCCGAUGGGUGGAGCAUGGCUAUGUACACAUUUAUGGGAGCAUUAUUCCUAUACAAUGGACAAAGAAUUUCUUGAACACAAGGCAUAUCCACUGAUUGAAGGUUGUGCUUUAUUUCUAUUGGACUGGUUAAUUGAAGGCCGUGAUGGGUUUCUUGAAACAAACCCAUCAACAUCUCCCGAGCAUAUGUUUAUUGCUCCGGAUGGAAAACCUGCCAGUGUGAGUUAUUCGUCAACAAUGGACAUAGCAAUUGUUAAAGAGAUCUUCUCCAUUGUUGUUAAUGCUUCUCAGGUUUUGGGUAAAAAGGAGGAUGAUUUAGUUGGAAGAGUAGUUAAAGCUCAGUCAAAACUUCCUCCAACCAGGAUUUCUAGAGAUGGAUCCAUAAUGGAAUGGGCACUGGAUUUUCAGGACCCCGAGGUGCAUCAUCGGCACGUGUCACAUCUAUUUGGAUUGUUUCCUGGACAUACAAUAACACCCGAGAAAAAUCCUGACCUGUGUAAAGCUGCAGAUUAUACUCUCUUUAAAAGAGGGGAGGAAGGUCCGGGAUGGUCAACAACAUGGAAAACCGCAUUGUGGGCCCGUCUCCGUAAUAGUGAGAAUGCAUAUAAAAUGGUUAAACAUUUAUUUGUGUUGGUAGAUCCUGAAAACGAGUCUGCCUAUGAAGGGGGUCUUUACAGUAACCUGUUCACUGCACAUCCACCUUUCCAAAUUGAUGCCAACUUCGGGUUUUCGGGUGCAUUAGCAGAAAUGCUUGUUCAGAGCACAUUGAAAGAUAUCUAUUUACUUCCUGCUCUUCCUCGCGAGAAAUGGGCAAACGGUUUAGUCAAAGGACUAAAAGCACGAGGCGGCACCACCGUUAAUCUAUGUUGGAAAGAGGGAAAUCUGCACCAAGUGGGUAUUUGGUCAAAAGAUAAGAAAUCCAUUUUGAAACUGAACUAUAGAGGGAUUACAGUUGUGACUAAUACUUUGCCAGGAAUGAUUUAUACCUUCAAUAACCGCCUCAAAUGCAUUAAUACAUGCAAUUUGUCGGAUGCUGCUGCGAAGGCUUACUUUUGACACGAAGAUAUUGUUGUUCUGUAUUUAAACUCGACUUUGAUGUUUGUUAUUAUGAGUACGAAGGUCUCAUGAAUGUAUGCUUUAAAUUAGAUGGUUAACUUAUAUAUGAGUGUUGUAGUUUACCUU